AUGCCCCUCUCUCUGGCGGUGAUCCUCUUCGACUUCCCCAGCAGCAUCGGAGAAUAUGCCAACUGCAUCGGCCGCACGAGCCGCCCUGGGCAGCGGGGCGGCCGGGUCUAUGCCUUUUUGCCCGAGGGGCGGUUCUGGAUUGCAGGUGAAUUAAUUGCUUUGCUGGAGCAUUGUGGACAGAAGGUUCCAGAUGCUUUGGCUGAGCAACAUGCACAAGAUCAGAAGUUUUUGUCAGAUGUGAAAGCAGGAAUGCUGCAGCUCCUCAAUCAAGGAUCCCUGCAAUCGGACUCCCUCUGUGCUGGUGAAUACGAUGCGGAGCAGAAGGUCUGGACUCUGCCCAGCAGCAUCCCCUCAUAUCGCCGGAAGCUGGUGCACUUACUUGCGGAUGAGCUGAACUUGCCCCACGUGUCCUACGGGGAAUCCUCCGAUCGGAGGCUCUACUUGUCGCACGACCGAGAUGCGCUCCCAGAUAAGUACUUCGUCGAGGGCGAAGCGGUGGUGAUCCGGCACCACGUGCACCCGGAGCAACGCGGCACCGUGGCGAAUGCUCACAUCAACCGGCGCUUCCGGACCAUCGAAAUCCGCGUGAACAACCCGACCUUUGGCGACAUGCCGGUCGACGUCCCCGUAGAGAUGGUCUGGCGUGAGGGCCAGGAGCCGUCGCCCUUCCCAGCGCGGCCCACGCGUGAGAACGUGCGGCGCUAUGCGGACUACCGGGAGCACCGCCCGGAUUACCGAUCCGACUACCGGUCAAACUCGAACUACAAGAGGUCGUGGAAGAGUCCAGGCUAUGGCAGCAGUUAUGGCAACUACAGCGAUAUGGUAGGGAAACAGCUGGUGAUGGGCCUUGGAACAAAGACGCUGGAUGCCCUGAUGCCCUGGCCUAGGAGGGAGGUCUGCAGCCGACCCGAGAAGGGAGCGCUGGCCCAGUGGGCUCUUGGCUUGGAGGCCCUGUCAGUGAGGCUCAAAGCCCUGGCUGGGACCCUCUUGAAGCUCUUGGAGAAUCCGGAGCACCGAGCUGCGGCCGUUCAGGCCACGCUGAGAUCUGCGUUGCAUCACUGCGCCCAUUUGAGCAGACAGGAGGUGUUACCACCAGUGCAGCUCUUCACACGGAAGUCGGGUGCUGCACCAGAGGAGUGGCGACAGGGGUUGGCCAGGAGCCGAAAGCAGGUCAAGCUCGCGGCGGCGGAGCAUGAGGAAACUGAUGCUCUGCAUUCAGACCGCCAGCGAGCGGUCGUGAGAAGUCUCCAGGCUGCCUCUGCGCUGGGAGUGCCUGAAGCUGGACCCUGGGCCCAAGAGAUGGCUACGCUCUUCAGCUCCUGCCAGCGCCUGGCGGAGCACGCGCGGAACACCUACGCCGAGGCCCAAAGGCGACGGUCCAGUCGCUCCAGCGCCACGGUCGACCGUUGGCGCCGGGCGCCCUAUCGGUGCAUCGCCGAGAAGGUGGAGGAAGAAGAGGUUGGGCCAGCGCCGCUGCAGAUUGGCCCGGUGCUUUGUGAAGGUUUGGAUGAGGCGGUCCGCCGCCUCGUCGAGCCGCCGCCCGCACCGCGGGGCGCGGCGGCGCGGCCGGCCUCCCGGCCGGCCUCUCGGCCGGCCUCGCAGGCCAGCAAGCAGGAUACGCCGCUCAAGGGGAGGAGGAACAAGGCCUCCCAGACCCCGGACCCGCUCUCACGGCCGAAGACCUCGCAGGAACGACGACCUUGGUCGGCAAGGCAUCCGACGUGA